GUUGUAAUAGUAUUACUGAAGGAAAUCUGUCUUGACCGCUUUAAUGAGUGUCUGGCGUGGUCUAUCUUUGACAACAGUCAGAUGUCUCCUUCAUGCUACUUGCUUCAAAGACUUGUAAACAGGUUGGAUACCUCUGUAGUUUCCAGCAGUGGCAGUUGUCUUAGGAGAAGAGAGAAAAGAGCUCUCAAAUGCUGUGUCAACUCGGGAACCCAGGAGAACAAUGGAAUACCACUCUGAGUUAGAAAAUGUGGAUGAAGAUGGAUAUACUCAAUUAGACUUCAGCUCUCAAGGCAUCGCCAGGAGACGUGUGGUCUCAGAGAAAGGAACCUGUGCUGCAUCUCCUCGUUGGUGUCCCAUUGCUGUGACUUUGGGAAUCCUAUGUUUGGUAAUACUGGUGAUAGCUGUGGUCCUGGGUACCAUGGCUUUUUGGAGAUCCAAUUCAGGGAGCAAACCAUUGAAGAGCAACAACUUUCCAUCAAGAAAUAGAGAGAACCACAGUCAAUCUACACAAUCAUCUUUAGAAGAGAACGUGGCUCCUACCAAGACUAUCACAACUGCAGGAGUUCUUUCCAGCUCUUGUCCCUCUAACUGGAUCAUACAUGAGAACAGCUGUUAUCUAUUUAGCACAUCAUUAAGUUCCUGGAAUAUAAGUAAAAGGCAAUGCUCUCUACUGGGUUCUAAUCUCCUGAAUAUAGACAGCUCAGAAGAAUUAGAAUUUAUAGCAAAGCAAGUGUCGUCCCAACCUGAUAAUUCAUUUUGGAUAGGGCUUUCUCGCCAUCAGACUGAAGGAGCAUGGUUCUGGGAGGAUGGCUCAAUAUUCUCUUCUAACUUGUUUCAAAUUAGAAGCACGGUUACCGAGGAAAACUCAUCUCACCGUUGUGUAUGGAUUCACGUAUCAAUCAUAUAUGACCAACUUUGUAGUGUACCCUCAUACAGUAUUUGUGAGAAGAGGCUGUUAAUACAAUGAUGGGGGUAUGGUGUGAAGAAGCAGAGAGAAGUCUAUAAGAUAGUAAGGAGGGCAGAAAACAAAACAGAAAAUGGAGAUAUUUAAGGUCAAAAUAAGUGCUGAAAAUACCAAGAGAGCUCAACCAAUUUGAAUCUUAGCUGAGCAACAGGAUGGAGAGACUAUGAUUUCUGCAGCUCUAUUGGUAGGCCAAUAUUGUAUUCUAGUUAAUAGAGGCCUAGAAAUAGAGUCAGGGCAGCUGAACUUGACUUUUCACUUUACCACUGAUUUGCUGUUUACCUGGGAUUAGCCACAAAUCCUUGGUGUUUCAAGAUCUUAAUUUUUGGCUCUACCAGAGUCGUAUUUGUCCUUAUAAAGUGCCACUGUACACACGGUGUGUUUCCGUGAUGUGUUCCUCCACUUCUAGCAGUCUAUGAGACACAGGUGGAAGGCAAAAUAUAUUUCUGAAUAGAUAAAUGAAGAAAUGAAAAAAUAUCUUCAUGGCAAUCAGAGCUAUUUUAUUAUUUUGUUCAUCAGUAUGGUCAUGAUUGUGAUCAAAAGCCUCGAGAAGAAGCAGCAACCCCCCCCUUUUUUUUCCUCAAUUACAUAGCCCAGAGAAUAUGUCUGCCACAUUUCUGACUAAUAGGAUCUUAUAUAAUGUGAAAUUGUAGGAAAACUGCUCUUAUAAGAAAGCUUUCUCUUUUUUAAAUACUACCAAUCAAAAGAAGAUCUGAAAAUGAAUAUGAAAAAAGUCACCAAUCCUAUUGACAGAGGUAUUAAAAUUUUGGAAUGAGAAACGUAUUUUAUUAUUUUUUAUGAUUACUGUUUGCAGUUUUCAGCAAUUCUUCGGUAAUGACUGUAAAAAGGUAUUAUUGGAACAUAACUAUGUUUCCUCAUAUGAUGAUUUGUUUCUCUCUUAUUUUCUUUUAGUCUUUUCCACUGAUGCUAUUUUUAUUUCCAGUGGGGAUUUCCAUAUUAUUGCAGAGUCAUUUACAGCCUUCCCAUGUUUAUUAAUAUGUGAACAGAAAUUGUAUCAAGUUCACAAGAUUUUUCACUUUAAAAUGGUUAAUUUUGUGUUAUGCAAAUUUCACUUUAAUAAAAAGUUA